UUACAUAAUCUCAAAAACUCCUUAGUAUACUUCAUUAAUCCAUACCUCAAAACAUCAUGCUCGAUUUCCGAAAACCUCUCAUCAAGCAAAAAAAUCAAAAAAUUGCAAACUUGAUCACCCUCAUCACAGCAUGUUUCGCCACUUGCUUGGAUAUUUUGAGUUUAUCAGCUACUAAUGUUGCCAUUCCAUCGAUCGCAACUGAUUUGGCUCUUGACUCUUCAACAACGCCAUGGUUAAUCGCGUCGUAUGCUAUCGCAUUCGCAGCCUUUUUGAUGCCUGCUGGAAAAUUAGGUGACCUCUACGGUUAUCGCGUCGUAUACCUUUCCGGUUUGCUUAUCUUCAUGGUAGCUUCCGUUAUUUGUGGUGUGUCUCCAAAUCAAUAUGUCCUUUUCGUAUUCCGAGCUAUGCAAGGCUUCGGUGCAGCUUGCACUGUACCCAACGCUAUCGCCCUAAUCGCAAACAGUUACACUGACGAUCGCUCAAGAGGAAUUGCCAUUUCCAUCUUUGGCGGUUCCGGCACGGUUGGUUUCGCUGUGGGACUCAUUCUUGGAGGCGUGUUAUCGUCUGCUAUUGGAUGGAGAUGGAUCUUUUACAUUACAGCCAUAUGCUCCCUCAUCAUGCUCAUCCCGGCUUUCAUCUUUGUUCCUGACUUCAGACAUGAAGGAUCCGCCGAAAAAAUUGAUAUGCUUGGGUUUUUCCUCAUUACGAGCGGUUUCAUUCUCAUCAUCUACGCUCUAUCCGACGGACAAUGGCAUCUUGCUCGUGACCCUGUCACUCUUGUCAUUGGAGUGCUACUCAUUAUUGGGUUCCUGCUAUGGCAGUUCAAAUCCCAGUACCCGCUUAUACGUCCCAGUUGGUGGCGCCGUCAGAAUUUCGCUGUAGCUGUCGCUACCAGCUUCCUACAGUAUGCAGUGUUCAUGGGCUAUAUCUACGUAACAACUCUCAUGUUUCAAGAUGCAUUCGGUUACUCUCCAAUUCAAACGUCACUUUACUACCUACCUAUGGGGAUAGUGGCCUUCGUAGUCUCAAAUGGUGCGGGCUAUAUCAUUCCGUACAUAGGGAUGCGUACUAUUAUGAUCGCAUCAUCCUUGAUGACACUAGCCACCAACGUUGGAGCAUUGUACUACUCGGAAGAAAUAGGAUUUUGGAAGCUAAUUUUCCCAAUGCAAGUGUUGAUGGCAGCCGGUUUGCCGUUGCUGUUUGUUGCAGGUCAAACUGCCUUGCUUGCAACUGCGCCUCCAAGCGAAACAGGCACUCUUGGUGCCGUCUACAACACAGCAGGACAGCUGGGGUCUGGUGUUGGCUCCGCCAUCAUGACGGCUGUCGUUAAUGGUGUCAACAAGAGCCAAGCGAACGGCAUCAAUGGUCUACCUGGAUAUCAUGCGGCCUAUUAUGUCAACAUUGGUCUGAUGAGCAUCUGUGUCAUUCUGUGCACUUUCUUCAUAAAGGACAAUCGCAAGGGUGCAAGCAGCAGUGAUGAGUCUAUCGUGACGGUGCAAGAUUUGGAAAAAAAUCCAGUCGAAGUUGAGGAAAUUUCAAACAAGAAAAAUGAUACAUCAGAUCACUCAGCUGUCGAGAUAACUGAAUGAUAUAUUUAGACAAGCAAUGCCACAAUGAGUGGUUUCAUUCAUUGUUUGUUGUAGUAUAAUCUACCAAUUCUAGAAUGUAUAUAGCUUUAAUACACCAAUCAAAGACCAUUGGAUCUUCUCCAU